UAUUGUUUGGACCCUCUACGGCACGAGACAGAAAAACAAAGAAAGGCAUAAAGCCUAGGAUACAGAUACACGACAGAGUUCUUUUUCAAGCUGUGCAGCAGAAUUUGAAAAGGCGAUCUACACAGAGGGUAGCACUUUGAAGCACUUUAUUUGGGGCUGAGCUGAAGUCCUGCAUGAACUGACAGAAGCAUGAACAGUAUAAUGAGAGAAGAACAUUGUACAUCUGUAAAAGAACAUCAUGACAACACAACUUUAGAACAGAGUGGACAGAUAAGCCACACGGGUAAUUGCAGUGAGUCAUGCCAUGCAGAAGAAAUUCUGAAUACCUUGAAUUCUUACAGGAAAGAGGGCAUUUUUACUGAUGUGGUACUUUUAGUAGAUGGACAAGAAUUCCCAUGCCAUCGGGCAACUUUGUCUGCUAACAGUGCCUUUUUUAAAGCAAUGUUUAACAGUAACCUCAAAGAAGGGAAGCAAAAGCGUAUACCUCUUACUUUUAUUUCAGCUCAUAUCAUGGACAUUCUGCUGGAUUAUAUGUAUGUUGGCAAAAAUAUCAUUCAGGAAGACAAUGUUGAAAAGCUUUUGGAGGCUUCUGAUCUUCUUCAAAUUUCAAAGCUUCGAGAAGCUUGUGCCUUAUUUCUUGAGUCACAGAUUCAUGCCUGUAACUGUCUGGGGAUUAUGAAGUUUGCGGACAUUUACUCCAUUUCUUCCUUGUUUGAAAAGAGCAGGAGGCUGUUCCUUGAGGACUUCCUGACAGUUUCACAGUACAAAGAAUUUCUAGAACUAUCAGAAAAACAGCUGAUAGAGUAUCUUUCAGAUGACCAGCUGGUCGUAGAGAAGGAGGAACUAGUGUUUGAGGCUGUCAUGCGAUGGGUGAGUUACGAUGUGUCCACAAGGGAAAAGUCACUAAAAGAUGUUCUAGAACAUGUUCGACUUCCACUGCUGCAUCCUCUGUACUUCCUUGAGAAAGUAGAAUUGGAUCCACUCAUUAAAAUCUCCAAAGAGUGCCACGCACUGCUGCUAGAAGCAAGGCAGUACCAUCUAUACGGAAAUGAACAGACGUCUGUGAGGACAAGGCCACGAAGGUUCAUGAACUGCAAAGAGGUGAUCGUGACUAUUGGGGGUUGUGACAAAAAGGGCCAUCUGAAGCUGUAUAACACAGACCUGUACAACCCAGACAAUAGGAGGUGGACCACACUCGCCUGCAUGCCUGGAUACACCAGGUCAGAAUAUGCUACCUGUAUACUGAAGAAUGACAUUUAUGUCUCAGGUGGCCACAUGAACAGCACUGAUGUCUGGAUGCUGAAUACCAAACUAAAUUUCUGGAUCAAACUCGCAUCAUUAAACAAGGGAAGAUGGCGGCACAGAAUGGUCUCACUUCAGGGCAGGCUCUAUGCAGUUGGUGGCUUUGAUGGCUUUAAAAGGUUAUCGAAUGUGGAGUGCUAUGAUCCAUUCUCCAAUCAGUGGUCCCCAGUGUCUCCACUGCUGGAAGCUGUAAGCUCCCCUGCAGUGGCCACCUGUAAGAACAAGAUGUACGUGAUUGGGGGAGCGUUAGAUGACUACAGCAACACCUCAAAGGUCCAGUGUUAUGACCCUGUGGAAAACUCGUGGAUAGUGAAGAAUCCUUCUCCAUUUUGUCAGCGAUGCAUCAAUGCAGUGUCUGUGAACAACAUGAUUUAUGUGGUUGGGGGACUCAUGGAUCACAUCUACCAAUACAUGCCAGAUGCAGACAUCUGGAGAAAUGUCAACACCCUCUCUGGACCUUUGGAGAGCUGUGGAGUAACAGUAUGUGAUGGAAAGAUCUAUAUCCUUGGAGGAAGAGACAGUAAUGGAGAAGGCACUGACAAGGUGUAUUCAUUUGACCCUACAACAGAGAUGCUGGUAGAGGAAUCCUCAAUGCGACGCUGUGUCAGUAAUCACGGCUGUGUCACCAUACUUCAGAAUGUGAAGAGAUGACUAUACCGUUACUGCAGUGACUUUUGUUGUUUCCAACAAAUUUGAUGGGAUAUUCUUACAUCAGCAUUUUUAGACUGAAGAAGGGCAGACAACCUAAGUCUGUUACAUUUUCAUUUGAGGUAAAACAGUGUUCUGCUUGGUGUUCCAGAUAAAAUACUGAAUAAGCAGAUUGAAGUAAGAAGACCGGUAACUGGCAGCAAUUCUCCAGCUGACGUUCUUCUAAUAUUUCUGAACCAGAGAAGUGUGCCUGAUUCCAAACUUAGUAGGACAAAUAAAGUAAACUGAAUGCUUCACCUGUUCCAGUCAAAGGUGGGAAGUCCCCACUAAAGUUAGUAAUGCUAUUAAAUUAUGAUUGCUGAUGCCCGGUGUCUGUAAAGAAAAAUUCUCUCUCUUACUGAUAGAGCAGGUUCUGAGUCAGUACUGAUAACUUAUGGAAAGAUCCACAGCUGCACACUUCACGGAGUGCCAGUGAUUAGUGCAAUGAGUAUUUUUCCUUUGUUGAUGAUUAUUUGCAACAGACAGCGGACAUAUUGCCACGUUCUAGCUUCACACAUAACUGCAGCAUGAAAACUGAAUCCUGAUUUAUAAUAGCUGAAAAGAGUUGUGAGCUACCAAAAACUUGGUGAGACAUAGAACAGCCCACAUUCUUACUGUAAUCAAAUUUUGUUUAUACACCCUUUUACCAGCUAAAGGUAAUGCUUUGGUUUCCUGAUACUGUACAUUUGUUGCCCCAUGUGAGAAAGAAAAAGAUUCAGCAAACCUCAGACCACCAUUUAUUAGCCCCAGGAAGUUAAUGGCUUCUAGAUUUCAUGCAAAAAAAUCUAUUAGAAAGCAACGGAGUGAUAAGUAGGGAGCAAUAAACGUCACGAUUUGCUAAAUGAUGGUGAGAGAGUGUGGUCUUUAGCUGUAUAUCCCCAGUGUGAAAUUAGUAACAUUUACAUGGGUACUGUGAUUAGUUUCCAUCUGCUGUAACUCGAGUGGUUGCAGUUUUCCUUCUCCUUUGGUUCAUCCUACCAUAAUGCACACUCUGAACUGGCACAAUAAUUUAAUUUGAAGCAUAAAUCUUUGAAAUGCAGCAGUGCAAAUAUAACAAUCUGAAAUUAAGAACUCUGAAUUUACAGAACUCUGAAAAGUAUGCAGUCAUUUGCAUACCUAUGUGCCCUUUCUGCAUACACACACACACAC